AUGUCCGAUGCGCAGGGCAUUGAAAAGCUGACCAAUUUUUGGGACCUUGCAUUCCAAAACGUCAUUCGCCCAAUUGCCACAGCGACUGACUGCGACAUCCGUGGGCUGACGGCGCUGAGGACGGAAGUUCGCCUCGGCCUCGAAAAGUACAUCAACACCAGUGUCUUGAACAAAGUGAGAUGUAGGAGGAUUAGAGCAAGAUGGGAUCCAGAUGAUACCAGCCAGGAACACCGGAAGAUCGUUGAGGAUGAAGGACGGAAAGAGCCACAUUGGCGACGAAACGUCUUCUUGGCCCUGGGAAGCAACGUUGGUGAUCGAUUCCGAAACAUUGAAGACGCCUGCGAUAAGCUUGACGAAUGUCAAGACAUUCGAAUUAUCGAUACUAGCCCCCUGUACGAGACGGAGCCGAUGUACGUCGAGGAUCAGGAUCGCUUCCUCAAUGGCGUGUGCCAGAUUGAAACAACUCUUGCGCCAAUGGACCUACUAGACCGCCUUCAAGCCAUCGAGAAUGACCUCGGACGAGUCAAGUUCAUCGACAAAGGCCCUCGCAACAUUGAUCUGGACAUCAUUGCCUACGAUCAGGAGAUUAUCAACAACGAGCGCUUGAUUGUGCCUCAUCUCCUGAUGACAGAACGCGAAUUCGUCUUGCGUCCGCUAUGCGAUCUCAGUAGCGGUCGAAGUUGGCACCAUCCAGCAACACGAUUGACCGCCACUAAGCAUCUGAACAAGCUGCCCCGUUCCAAAAUUCCGAUGUCUUCUGUGACACCUCUAGCACCGUUGUGCGAGUCACUGCGGGCUUUAGAUCCUCACCGUCGGACGCACGUCAUGUCGAUUCUGAACAUAACGCCGGACUCGUUCUCCGAUGGCGGCGUGCAUGCACUGUCGGACAUUUCUGCUUUGAAAGCAACGAUCCUGUCACACGUUGCGGCUGGCGCAACCAUCAUCGACAUCGGCGGUCAGUCCUCCCGUCCGAAUGCACCAGACGUCACCGAAGAGGAAGAAAUGAAUCGCAUUCUGCCGGCCAUCGAAGCCAUCAAAUCUCUGCCAGAAGCUGCGCAUAUCGCCAUCUCGGUCGACACCUAUCGCGCGUCUGUGGCUGAAGCAGCUGUCAACGCUGGUGCACACAUCAUCAACGAUAUCUCUGCUGGCCUGCUUGAUCCUGAUAUGCUCUCUACGAUCGCUCGACUCAAGUGCAUAUAUAUCAUGAUGCACAUGCGUGGAACUCCAGCAACGAUGCAGUCUCAAGUCAACACGACCUACAUGGGUCAGGUCAACCACAAGGUGCGUAGAGAACUAGUCGAGCGUCUCCAGGCCGCUCGCGAAGCCGGGAUCCGUUGCUGGAAAAUCAUCCUUGACCCCGGCAUCGGAUUCGCCAAGACAGCGGAACAGAACGUGGAGCUUUUACGGGACUUCAAGCAGCUCAGAAACAACGCGAUGGUGAGAACCGUACCCUGGCUAGUAGGAAGCAGCCGAAAAGGUUUCAUCGGCCAGAUCACUGGCACGAAGGUAGCGGCCGACAGAGUGGGAGGUACCGCAGCCACUGUCGUGCAAGCAGUUGCGGGUGGAGCUGAUAUCGUGAGGGUUCAUGAUGUUGAGACUAUGACACAAGUGGUGAGGAUGUCCGACGCCAUGUACAGAGGUAUG